ACCCCCAGGCCCCUAAACUUUUUGCCCUUUAAAUAUUUUCAUCAGCAUCACAACCUCUUUUAGUACUGGACAGAGAGAGAACCAAAGGGACUAAACCCCAAAAACCCCCCAUCUCUCUCUCCCUCUCUCUCUCUCUGCAAUAUCUAGAGUCAUCUGCUGCUGAGGCAACUUCCCAUUGAUAUCAGAAACAGAACCCAUAUUCUCUCUCACUCUUUCAUGCACACAACUCUUGGUCUCUCUCUCAAUUAAGUCAUGGAAGAAACAGAAGAGGCCAAUACAACCAAGAAAUGCACUCCCAAAACAAGGAGUUUCAGGGGGAGGAACAGCCCUCCCAACCAUCACCACCACCACCAUCACUACCAGCAGCAGCAGCAGCAGCAGCUGUUGUUGCAGCAGUCAAAUAGGAUUGGGUAUUGUUUUAAUCAAAACCAAUACCAAACUUACCCAGCUCUCCUCCCUCUGCCUCCUAUCAUGCCUCUGCAACUCACUGUAACUCCCCCUCUUCCUCAAAACCAAACUUUCAGAUCAAAAACCCAUUUGCAGAAACAUCCAUGGAAGCAGAAUAACCCUCCUCUGGCUACCUCGUCAGACCCUGAACCCCAAAAUUCUGCAGUCUCACCAGCUCCAGAGGGGCUUGGACGACAACCCGGCAUACCCUUUAGAGGGAAAGAUGGAAGGAGGGUUAUGGGUUCCACACCACAAUCUCUAGUGGUGGUAAGGAGACCAGAUUCGGGUGGUGUCGAAGGGGCUGUUAUCUCUCUCCUUGCCAAUCAUUUCCUAGUCCAAUUCGAUCCCUCGCAUCGAAUUUUCCACUAUGAUGUUGAAAUAUCUCCUAAUCCUUCCAAGGAAGUCGCUAGAUUGAUCAAGCAAAAACUAGUAGAGGACAACUCAGUUGUGCUCUCCGGUGCUCUUCCAGUCUAUGAUGGGCGAAAGAAUCUUUAUAGCCCUAUGGAAUUCCAAAGUGAUAGGCUUGAAUUCUUCAUUUGCCUCCCAAUCCCCUCAAGCAAGUCAUUGUUGCCAUCCAGAGAAAGUGUUGAUUCUCAAGAAAUGCAUCCUCAACUAAAGCUCUUCCGCAUAAACAUCAAACUUGUGUCAAAGUUCGAUGGAAGGGGAUUGAGUAGCUACUUGAGCAAGGAGGAAGAUGAUUGGGUACCACUUCCUCAGGACUAUCUCCAUGCCUUGGAUGUCGUCUUGCGCGAGAGCCCAUUGGAGAAAUGCAUACCUGUGGGACGAUCACUAUACUCAAGUUCAAUGGGAGGGGCUAAAGAUAUUGGAGGAGGAGCUAUUGGAUUGAGAGGGUUCUUUCAAAGCCUUAGGCCAACGCAACAAGGACUUGCUCUCAAUGUUGAUUUCUCCGUGACUGCUUUCCAUGAAAGUAUUGGAGUGAUUGCCUACUUGCAAAAGCGUCUGGAGUUUCUGUGCGAUCUUUCUCAGAGGAAGACAAGAGGUUUGGCAGGAGAGGAAAGGAAGGAAGUGGAAAAGGCUUUGAAGAACAUCAGAGUCUUUGUUUGCCAUAGAGAAACAGUUCAGAGGUAUCGGGUUUAUAGCUUAACUGAGGAAGCUACAGAGAAUCUCUGGUUUCCAGACCGGGAUGGAAGGACUUUGAGACUGGUGAACUACUUCAAGGAUCACUAUAAUUAUGAUAUACAAUUCAGGAAUUUGCCAUGUUUGCAGAUUAGUAGGAGCAAGCCAUGUUAUCUUCCUAUGGAGCUUUGUAUGAUUUGCGAAGGCCAGAAGUUUCUUGGUAAGCUCUCGGAUGAUCAGACUGCAAAGAUACUAAAGAUGGGUUGCCAAAGACCGAGACAAAGAAAAGCAAUAAUCGAUGAAGUCAUGGCAGGGCCAGUUGGUCCAACAAGUGGCAUUCAGGGUAGGGAAUUCAAACUCCAUGUUUCAAGAGAAAUGACGCGAUUGAAUGGAAGAAUACUUCAACCUCCCAAGCUAAAGCUUGGCGAUGGUGGUUUCAUAAGAGAUCUAAUUCCUUCCCGCUAUGAUCGCCAGUGGAACCUUCUGGACAGCCAUGUCUUUGAAGGCACUAGAAUUGAUAGGUGGGCAUUAAUAAGUUUUGGAGGCAGCGCUGACCAAAAAUCCGCCAUUCCAAAGUUCAUAAACCAGCUAUCUCAAAGGUGUGAGCAAUUGGGCAUCUUUCUCAACAAGAAUACAGUUGUUGGCCCCCAAUUUGAAUCAAUUCAAGUGCUUAACAAUGUAUCGCUUUUGGAAUCCAAGCUGAAGAAAAUCUAUCGAGCAGCAUCCAAUAAUCUCCAACUGCUAAUUUGUGUCAUGGAGAGAAGACACAAAGGAUAUGCAGAUUUUAAGCGAAUUGCAGAGACAAGCGUUGGAGUUUUAAGUCAGUGCUGUCUGUACCCAAAUCUUGGGAAGUUGAGCUCUCAAUUUCUUGCAAAUUUGGCUAUCAAGAUCAACGCCAAGAUUGGCGGAUGCACAGUUGCUUUGUACAAUUCACUACCUUCUCAAAUCCCACGACUCUUCCAGGCUGAUGAUCCAGUGAUCUUUAUGGGAGCUGAUGUGACCCAUCCUCACCCGCUAGAUGAUUUCAGCCCAUCUGUUGCUGCUGUGGUGGGUAGUGUCAAUUGGCCUGCAGCAAACAAGUAUGUUUCGCGAAUGAGGUCCCAAACACAUCGGCAAGAGAUCAUUGAGGACCUCACUGCAAUGGUUGGGGAAAUUCUUGAUGAUUUUUAUCAGGAACAAACCAAACUCCCCAAAAGAAUAAUAUUUUUCAGAGAUGGCGUUAGCGAAACCCAAUUCUAUAAAGUGCUUCGGGAGGAGUUGCAAGCCAUUCAGGCGGCUUGUUCAAGAUUUCCAAGCUAUAAGCCUCCCAUUACAUUUGCAGUGGUUCAGAAAAGGCACCACACUAGGCUGUUUCCAAAUGAAACUCAAACUCACCAACAAUCUUCAACUAGAGACCAGUUCUUGGAUGAAAACAUUCCUCCGGGGACAGUUGUGGACACGGUGAUCACUCACCCGAGGGAAUUUGACUUCUAUCUAUGCAGCCAUUGGGGUGUGAAGGGAACGAGCCGGCCAACACAUUAUCAUGUUUUGUGGGAUGAAAACCAAUUCACUUCUGAUGAGCUACAAAAGCUGGUUUACAAUCUUUGCUACACAUUCGUGAGGUGCACAAAGCCUGUUUCUUUGGUUCCACCAGCUUACUAUGCUCACCUUGCUGCAUACAGAGGCAGACUCUACCUCGAGCGCUCUGAUUCAUCCUCAAUCUCGCCUUUUUCAAGAAAUGCUGCUUCCACAAUCUCCCGUGCUGCGCCUCCCAAGGCAACUCCUCUGCCAAAACUCAGUGAGAAUGUUAAGAAGCUCAUGUUUUACUGUUAAUUUUUUUUCUUCUUGCGUUUGAAAUGUGUAUAUUCUUGAAAACAUUGGCCUAUACACUUGAAAUUCAACACAGAUGUAGUAGUCCAGGUACCUAACUAUAUGAUCCCAUUUGCCAAAGGUAGGUUGUAGUUCCUUACUUGGCUAAUUCAAGACAGAAUUCCUCAUUGACUUGGCA